GCGCGGCUGUGCGCACAUAGUGCCGCCACGCACGCUUGAGAGCGACCCAGUCUGCUCUGACGUUUAGCCAAGUCGCCGGUGUCACCGUUUCGCAACGCUUGCCGAGCCGUGCCAUCGCACAUUACAUCCUGCGCAUUUAGCCAUAGAAUAAAUCGAAAGUGGUAUCAUCGUCCCCGUUAGUGCUAGAUAAGGUUUCGCGAGUAGGCAGCGAGCGGCAGUGCGGUCUGUCCGAGUGUUCGGUAGGCGAGAAAGGUCAGCGUGUAGAGGCGGACCAGGCUGGGGACCCGCGCCGGGCCAGCAGCUGGCUGUGUUUACACGCCGCGUCUGCACCGCGCCGUCCGUGCGCUGCCGUACCCGCCGCGCUCGCUUGCUGCAACAUACACGACCCCUCAUUUACUAUUCAACGCUGUGAAUUUUUAACUUUGCGAACGACGGACGAUAGCUAGAGGUAUCUAAAUGCUUAUUAAACUCGCCUCUCUCCAGAGAGAACAGUUGUAGUGCACACUAGUGUCACGAAAUCAAAGCAUUCGCAUCGAAAUUCCAAUUGUCAUAGUUCAUUCGAGUGAUCUCACAACUUCAUAAAUAUGGGUGCUAAAGAGAGCGUGGAGGCUGCUAAAUUUUCUGCGCAAAAUUGGAACAAUUUCGAGCAUGCCAGUGUGAAGCAUCCGUACAGACACGGCACCCAACGCUCGCAGAGUCUCAACCGCGGACAUUCCCUGUCGCGCUCCGAUGGCACCUGGUGACAUCACGGGACCGCGGGCAACGUAGUGGUGUGCGCCGAGUGCGGAACGCGCACGAUGGGUAACAAACUGUCGUCGUGUUCCUGCGCGCCGAUCCUGCGCAAGGCGUACCGCUACGAGGACAGCCCGUGGCAGACCUCCCGUCGCAGGGAUGGCCAUCUACUGAGACUAUGGGCUGAGGUGUUCCACGUGUCAGCGAGUGGCGCCGGUACCGUCAAAUGGCAGCAAGUCUCUGAAGAUCUGGUGCCCGUCAACAUCGCCUGCAUCCAGGACUCACCGGAGUGCGUGUUCCACAUCACGGCUUACAACUCCCAGGUCGACAAGAUCCUCGACGUGCGACUAAUACAGCCUGGCACCCGUAUCGGUCAAGCGUCGGAAUGCUUCGUGUACUGGAAGGACCCGAUGACCAACGACACCUGGGGCCUGAACUUCACCUCCCCCAUCGACGCUAAACAAUUCAGGGAGUGCUGUUCACCAUCGUUCAAAUUCUCACGCAAGGCGUCUUCGAGCUACAGCCUGAAGCUGGAGCCUCCUGGCAACAAGCAGAAAUUCAAAGCAAAGAGGAAACCGCUCUCCACUCCCGCCAGUCCCAACCGAUCAAGUUUGACCUACGGCCGCGAGCCUCAAUGCACUUGCAUGACACAAGAGCAGUAUGCAAGGCUACGAGCGCAAGAUCCCAGAUACCGGUCGUCGACUCUGCCACGCACGACCGCUCGUGCGAUGGAGGCUGAAGCAAGCACGAGUGGCAUCAACCGGACGGACAAGGUCGCCGCUGCCACCUCAUCCACCUCGCUUUACGACAACGUUGCCAAUUCGCAACCACCCCACCAGCCGCCUCCCAAGCCGGCAGCCCGUCAGUCGGAUUCGCAACCACCGUCGCGGCCCCCGAAAUCGCAAGAAACAUCGACGAUGACUAACAACACUUCAACUGCUCCAAAAACCGUCACCGCCUCGGUCGGAACACAUGGACCUAAUGCGCCAGAAGACGGGCCACAAGCAGGUGCGGCCGUGACUGCAGGUCACGGGGACCUGAAGUCUGAAGGCGUGCAGGCCGGAGGGACUCUGACGUCAUCGAAGUCCUCCGCCACCUCCACCAGGCCAGGCAAGGAGCAUCUGCAGCAUAUGCCCAAGAGCGUCGACUACGGUGAUGGAAACGAAUCUGGUCGGGAGUCAGACCGGCACUCAGCGCAUCAUCAUAACGUGCUGAACAACAAUACAUCCGGAUCACGUCGUACCAAGUCCAAGAGUACUGAAGAUAUGAAUAUGGACUCCAGUACGCUGAAGCGCAUGUUGAAGCCAAUGCCUUCGACGGAGAGCCCCGUGACGUCCCCAGAGAUGGGUCGCCGUAGGUACGGGGGUGCGGCUCCUUGCCCCCCCUCAUGUGGCUCUCACGGCCAUAGACAUCCUCAGCAUAAUAUGCAUCAUGGACACUACGCUCAUAUCGUCAAUAACAACAGCCGACAAAGCUCGCAACGCCGCGGAGUAGGCGUAGGAGCAGCACCAAGUGGCUAUCCCGGGCGAGGGUUGUACCUGGAGCUGGGCGGAGGCGAGCGGGACCUGUCUCCUCCGUCAGACAACGUGAUGUUCGACAAUCAGUGCUACGCGACCACACCUUCGUCUUCCAACGGGAACUCCGACCAGGAGCCGUGUCAGCGCCGCGACGGGAGGCAGCAUCAUCAUGGGAAGCCAUGCCUAUCUAGGCAAGCGUCCCAGUCGAGCGCGACUCCCGCCCCGGGGUCACCGACAUCCAGGCUUUUGCUGGAGUAUGAGAUGCACCUACGGAACACCCUGGCCAAAGGCAUGGACGCAGAGAGCUACAGUUUGCACACCUUUGAAGCUUUGCUCAGUCAGAGCAUGGAGGAUCUAGAAUACAACGACAACUUGCCGCCAUCUAAUCAACGAAGUCCCUAUCCACCACGACGUCGACCAACCCAAGAAUCGAUUCUACACUCUUUGAGAAACCUUAAGGAGGCUGCAAUAAGGGCCAGAGGGCCAGCGUCGCAGUGUUCUGGCGGGGGAAGCCGGUCCUCUACGCUGCCAUUGCCGCACCGGCUCGGCGUCGAGCGGCAGCACAGCGCGCGAUCUGACCGGGACGGCUACUACAGUGACCGAAAUGAAAUAAUGCGGGAGCGAGAAAGGGAACGGGAGCGAGGUUACAUGAGCGACCACAAUUCCAGAGAUCGAGUUCGUGAUCGAGACCAAGGUUACCUGAGUGAUCAUCAGUCUAGUUUCGUGAGCGCUUCUCGAUGUGCAUCUUGCAUCGGCGAGACUGCGCGUGCGGCGUGGUACCGUCAUUCUGACGGGUGGCGUGGUGCUCCGCCGCCCGGCCCCCGCCGCUCCCCCUGGGACUCCCUGCCCAGCCUGCGGCAUGAGGGCAGCCUCAACGACUCGGGCUACAGAAGUAACCGUGCUGACAGCUUUGAACAACGUGGAGUAUUCGACCGACAAGACAGCGUGCGAUCGGAGUACACUAGUGACCGCGAGUCUACCCGUUACGGCAUUGUGCAGCAAGCUUCCAUAGACAGUACUGACUCCCGCAUCUGUUACCUGACUUCCAGUGAGAUAUCGGAUGACGACCGCAUGUCGUUGACGACAGCCGUGUCGGACGAGGAGGACCCAGGCGAGAGCGCCAUGAACUCGCCGUACAAAGGCAAGCAGACCGGCGCCGCCGCGGCUUCCUUCAACUGCACUGGCGCCGUCAGGAAAGCCGGAUUCUUGAGUGUGAAGAAAUGGCUGCUGAGGAAGAAGCAUCAGAUCGAGCUGGCCCGCAAGCGCGGCUGGAAGGGCUACUGGGUCUGCCUGAAGGGCACCACUCUGCUGUUCUACCCGUGUGACUCCCGCGAGGGCCGCUCUGUUGAGGCUGCGCCGAAGCACCUUAUCAUUGUAGACGGCGCCAUCAUGCAACCCAUACCUGAACACCCCAAGAGGGAUUACAUAUUCUGUCUCAGCACUGCUUUCGGAGAUGCAUACCUAUUUCAAGCGCCGUGUCAGGUGGAACUAGAGAAUUGGGUAAAUAGCAUCCACAGCGCGUGUGCCGCAGCGUUCGCGCGACACCGCGGCAAGACUGGCACGCUGCAUCUACUUCAGGAAGAGAUUUACCGCCUAGAAAAAGCUAUUGAAUCGGAUCACAAAUUGAAGCAGAUGGCGGACUUGCAACAGUCCGUAGUUUCUGACCCUGAGACGCGGGCGCAGCUCGCAGUUCAGAUGCUUCAGUGGGAGGAGAACCUGGAACGUCUCCACUGCGAACAGUUCCGUCUUCGGUGCUACAUGGCGAGCUUGCAAUCCGGCGAACUGCCUAACCCCAAGUCAUUGCUGACGCACGUUUCUCGUGGCACCAAGAGCACGCUGAACAAGCUCGGCGUGUUCACCGUGUCUUCAUUCCACGCCUUCAUAUGCGCGCGGUCGCCGUCUCUGCUGAACAACUUACUUGCCGGCCGCGGGGCUACCAAACGCCGAGCUCCCAACCUUUCGCGAUCCAACUCUGGAUCCAGUCGUCGCUCCAUGCAGAUGUCCCGCGACGACGGCGAGGCCGCGGUCCGGGUGUCGCUCCCUGAAGGCACCACAGCCACCGUGGGCGUCCGAGAGGGCAUGUCCGUGGAAGAGUUCCUCGCCGCGGCCUGCGCACGCCGCUCGCUCAACGCGCUCGAGCACUUCGUCAGGGUGAAAAAGCGCCGAGACAUGGAAGACCACAACUACUUCGUGCCGCACCGUAGUGAUCUUAUUGAAACUUAUCUGCACACUCACGAAGUCGUCGAAGUUUGCGCAAAAAUACUUUACCAAGUGGAAUUACAAAGGACCACUCUAGAGCAAAUGUGGGGAUUCAGCGUGGAAGCCGAACUCAUAGAGAAUGCUGAGCGACAGGACGAACUGUGCUGUUAUGUCAGUCGCGUGGAGGACAAGAGCGUCGCCAUGCAAAAUGGAAUAAUCAAAGGGGACGAGAUAAUGGUGAUCAACGGAGCGAUAGUAUCUGACCUAGAUAUGAUGUACUUGGAGAGCGUGCUGCAAGAAGAACUCUCGCUCGUCAUGAUGAUGAGGUCGUCCCGCACGGAGCCUCCUGAGUUAUCCGGCAUGAUGCGAGCAGCUACUGAUGACAUCAUCGACUCCCUGGUGUGUCCACCGCCCCCCAGUGAACCUCCGGUUAUCUCGGAUGAUAUGAUCUCCGGGCUCAUCGUGCCAGCGCCGGCUUGGAGCAAGGAGUUGUACAGUCCUGAUACGGAUGCGCACGGCAGUGACGGUGUCUCUACCGGCCCGCCCAAAGUUAGCUCCAGAACUAACUCUUUCGAAAUCGAGAACCUUCUCAAGAGCGCCGAGCAAGUCACCGGAUGGUGCCGCUCCCCAGCGGAGACACGGCGGGGAAGCCCCACGGGCAGUGUUGCCAGCGCCGCGGCUGGGACUCCCUCGAGGCACAUGUCUGAUGCUGAUAAACUGAAGAAGGUGCUGCUCGAACUGGUUGAUACUGAACGGGCUUACGUUAAGAAUCUGAAUAACUUGCUCGAAAAUUACCUGGAGCCGUUGAAAAGGGAAACUUUUUUAUCGAAUGCGGAGAUAAAUGCGCUGUUCGGGAACAUCCAGGAGAUCGUGACUUUCCAAAGGCAGUUCCUGCAGAACUUAGAGGAAGCGCUCGAGGCUGAGCCUAACUUCCAUCACUUCGAGUUCUCAAAUCAGUUCAGGAAUGUGCUAUUUGCUGUUGGAAAUGCUUUCCUUUAUUACGUCAAUCAUUUCAAGCUGUAUAGUUCAUUUUGCGCUAGUCACAGCAAGGCGCAAAAAGUGUUACAUCCGAAUGAGGGUAAUCAAGCUUUGCAGGAGUUUCUGGCUUCAAGGAACCCGAAACAACAACAUUCAUCAACGUUGGAGUCGUAUCUAAUUAAACCGAUACAGCGGAUAUUAAAGUACCCGUUAUUGCUUCAACAACUCAGAAAUUUGACUGAUGUUAAUUCUGAAGAACAUCUUCAUUUAGUAGAGGCUUUAAAAGGGAUGGAAAAAGUUGCUGAACACAUCAAUGAGAUGCAACGAAUUCACGAAGAAUAUGGUGCUAUAUUCGAUCACUUGUUUAGACAACACCAAAAGUCUUGCAAGCAACCUAUAGAUCUUAGUCCUGGGGAUUUAUUAUAUUAUGGUGGUGUAGAAUGGUUAAAUAUUUCGGACUUUUUAGGAAAAAUAAAGAAAGGAUUGGAGUUGCACGCUAUGUGCUUUGUAUUUAAAUCAGCGGUUGUCUUCCUUUGCAAAGAAAGACUGAGACAGAAGAAGAAAUUAAUGGGCGUAUCAUCGAAGAACAACUCAAACGAGGUGGAGAUCAUCAGGUACCAAGUUUUGAUCCCGGUGACUGAGGUGCAGGUGCGCGCCUCCUCCGCCAAAGACAUGGAUAGCCAUUUUCUCUGGGAACUAAUCCAUCUUCGCAGCCAGCUGCAGAGGCGCUCCGAGAAGGUCUACGUGCUGUCUAAUAGCACCGCGGACUUCCGCAACGCGUUCCUGAAAACAAUCCGGCAGAUCAUCCGCGAGUCGGUCCGCAACAUGUCGCUGCCGAACACGCGGCCUGCGCCGGCGCCGCCGCGCGCGCCGCACGCGCCACACACGCUGGAUAGGGACCGCGACCGACCCAAACAUCAGGUGCAAGUAAUGCAAGGAUCUCAAACUCUAGGCAAGACAAAGAAACCGAAGACAUCGGGACAGCGACUGUCAGCUGGAAAUAUUGAGGUUGGCGACUUAUCUCGAGAAAACUCCCAAGACGCAGAAGAACCACCUCCUGAACCACCGGAAGAGGAACCCUUCCGACUCCGCAGCAAGACUCUUGGUGACACAACCCAUACUACCACGGAGAGUACAUCACGACGCGCGCCACCGCCGCCCCCACCAGAAGACAAAUCUGAUGCGGAGCCCGGCUCCAAGUCCGAGGGGGAAGACGAGCAGCCGCCGCCUCCUGCCAAGCGAGGGUUAGGCAGAACACCCAACCACCUCACGCUAAGUACGACUUCAACUCUGAGCGCCGGCAGCACUGGCAGCCAAGCACGACUCAUACAAUCCUCACAUCAACCCACCCAAUAUCAGCCGGCUAUGGUCAGGGAAUUAGGAUCGCCCGUGUGGAAACCGCGCGAUAUGUUGAGCGAGGCGGGCCCUUCGGCGCCGGCGGCUGCGCCCGCGCCGACCACACUGCCACGGUCGCAGCGCCAGGCGCCGCGGGCGCUGCACCUCUCCGCCAGCCGCAAGUCGCUCGCGCCCGACCACCGCCAUUAGCCGCUUCCAGCUGGACUAGACACUACCACAAGAUAGAUGCAUAGCCGCACGCUCGGCACUAGCACACAAGCUAAUAUUUACUCCCAUUAGAACUUUGUUUCUUCUGAAACCCUGACCUAUUUUGCAGGGAAUAUCUCAACCACAACUUAUCUUUAAAGUAAGUAGAAAAUUCUAUUCAGUGCUGUUAUAUCGAAGUAAGCGUGCCCUAUGCAUUUGUCUAUUUACUAGUGGCUCCCGCGUUCGCUUUCCCGGACCCAAUCCCCGAAUUAUGGCUGAGUUUCCCGCGAUCGUCGCUCUAGUAUCAAGAGACUUGACUCAUGACUUGCUUGGAAAACGAUUGAUAAGUGUGAGUGAUUCCCUUCAGCGUGUCCUUAUGCUAGACACAUCCCACAUUCCUAAAUGACUGACCCAAUAUACUGGCUCUUAAUGUGUAUUUAUCUCUUAAAUAAAAUUACCCAAUGGACUAUCUUUGUUUUGUUUAUAUCAUUACAUGUAUUUACAAUUGAGUCCGUAUGAAGGACAUAGAUAAUUAUAAUAUUAAGCAUCCUUAAAACUUCUGUUAUCAAUAUUAAUUUUGAAACAUCUAAACGUAGACUUGCUCAAACAAUGAUUAAAAAGCUCAAAUCAUUGUUUGCUAUAGAGCUCAAAUACAUUUUACGAUUUUUUUAUUAUCUUUCCUAAAUUAAAAGACUGCAUGCAGUUAUUGUGUGAACUAUCGCUAAAACUAUUACAAUUAGUCAUUAACCUUAAUCUUGGUGAAAUUACGCCCUUGAUUAAAUUCGUGCUCCUUGUGAAGAAAGAGUGCACAAGUUUUCUUUCAUAAUAAAUAAAAUCUGUGUGUAAUUUCAUAAAAAUGUAAUUUCAUAAAAAAAGUUAACCCCAAAUGUUAUUAAAUCCAGUAGUGACAAAACUAUCCCAUAUUUAUUUUAAAAACAUGUGCCACAUAGUUAAUAUUUUUUGUUGUUUUAUUUAUAUGUUAUAUAAAUUAUCCUAUAAACUCCGACUGUAAUUAUUAAAUCCUGUACUUAGGUACGUAGAUAUUAUUUUAUGUAAACUCCUUGAAAGCUAUGAAUUGUUAAGUGAAUAUUCUAUAGAAAACAGAAGACAAUAUGCAUAGAAACAAAGGAGAGUAGUUGUGGAGAUUACAAUAUUUUUGACACUUUGGUUUGUAUGAUUCUAUUCGAAUAAAAUUGAAGAUUUUUACCUUAAUUUUUUGUAAACAAAUUAUUGAUUAAAUUUAUUCCGUUAUGUUAGGGUAGAUCUACAAAACAAUGUCAAAGUGAAGCAAACUAUUAUACUCCAAUCACUUCAGUGCAUUUACAGUUAUUUGGAUUAUUUCAACAGAAAAGAGAAUAUGAAGUUGUUGACUAAAUAAAACAUAGAUUAAUUACGACACAGUAAUAUUUUAUCUAUAUGUUAACUGAAAUUAAAAUGUUGUAAGCAUUUUUUUUUCUGCUUGAGUUGACAUAUCCUUACGAUUGUAAUAUAUUUUACCAAACGACUGUUCCCCGAUAUGACUACUGUGCCAAAUUAGCCCUUUACAACAACUGUGCUUUUUAAUAGUCAUUGUUUUACACAUACUGAUUAAAUAUAUUAUCAAAGUAGUUAAUUAUUUUUGCCACGUGGGCAAUGCAAUACUCACUACCUACCUUAUAGUUCAAGAUGCACUCACCCUAUGAACACUAGGUAGUUUUGAUAAUAAUUUCUCUUCGUGAUCAAAUUGGAAAGUUCUAUCAUAGGCUAGGCGAAUGGUAUGUAUAUGCACUUUUCUGUUGUAUAAUUUUCGAAUGUAGACAUGUGAUUGGUUUGUUGAUGUAGUAUAUUGUAAUAAAUGUAAAUGUGUUGUAUGAGGCCGCGGAAAAUUGUAACAUGAACAGUGGCGUCAGCGUCAAACGUAAAAAAAUUACCAAAAAAUAUGGCCAUUUUUUUACGAAACUAUUUAUAUAUAUGUCCUUACAUUAUUUUAUUAUAUAUAUAAUGCAUUUAUGGUUAUUUUUAAUAUUUUACUGAAUAAUUAAGCAACGUUUAAUCUAUAUCGUUUAAUUUUUUAAGUUCAUUUGCCACUUCCAUGUUAUAGGUUUCCCAAAGGUCUCUUUGACGAUACUUGAUAUAUAUUUUACAUUUUCUCGAAUAUUAUAUUAACUAUAUAGUACAAUACUAUGUAGAUUAUAUAUUUUUGAUUUGUUAUUGUGACCACAUACAUGUAUAGUUUGAAGUUUACGUAUUGUUUCAAAGAUUGUUUUGUGAUUUAUCGAAAUAAAACCUGUUUAUUAAUAUACAUAUGUUAAAAUAUUCGAAUUUAAUAAUUACGAACUUAUACAAUCAAUUUAUAGAUAUUAUUAUACUAAGAAAAUAUAAUUAAUAAAUUGAAUAAACAAACAUGAGUGAAAAAUGAAAAUGAAGGAUGAGCUCAUUAAUUGCGAUUGUAUUUCAUACUUCAAUGACAUUUGAAAGUAAUGUAGGGAAAUGAAUGAAUAUUUAGAAAGACUUAUUGAAGUAAAAUACGAAGGUAACUAAUGUUAUAAUAAGUAUUGAACUUUUAUAAUUUCAGUUCUAAUUAUUUUGAGUUUUUGUUGAUUUUAUAUUUGAGUUUAUUAUUAUUAUUGCAAUAUAAAAUCAGUAAUUGUUCAAUGCAUCUUAUUGACAAACUUCUUUACAAAUUGAUAAUUUGCGUCUUCAUAACGUGAAUCUUAAUUUAAAACCUACCUCCUAUGUUAAUAUUUAACUAUGAUUUAAAUAUAUUUAAACAAAUGAAGAAUAUUUUGAGUUUUGUCGUGAUAUUAUCAAAAAUGCCUAAAUUUAAAGUGCCUUCACCAAGCUUUGAAUGUAAAGAGCACAUAAUCCCCUAAAACGUCUCUAAAUUGAGAUAAAGCCUGUAUAGAAGUUUGUCAAUAGUGUUAUUACUUAAAUUACUAAUCUAGUCUUUUUAGUGGCUUCCAACACGAUUAGUCUUAUUUAAAUAUCCACGUAUCCAUUAAUUUUCCUAAGUAUUUAAUUAUAGAUUUUGUGACACAUAUGGAAGUUAAUUUUUAUUGCUUAUGAAUAAAACUAAA